AUGGCGACUCUGGAACAGAAACUUCGGGCUCAAUACACAAAAGUGAUCGAGGAAAAAUGCAGCAAUCAAUCUUCGCAGCCUCAGUAUGGGAAUGACUGCGAGGAGAGUUACAGAAAGGAAAAGGCUGCGUUGGAGGAGCGACUUCAGGCACAAUGCGCAACUUCACAAUCAAACGCAGCGACAAAAUGCAAGAGCGAAAAAUAUACAAUGAGUGAAGAUCACCGAAAAGCCAACAAACAGCUCGAGGAGGAGAAUGAAAGAUUGAGGAAGGAAAACGACAAACUUGCGCAAAAGGCAAAGAACGACCAAAAGGCCAAGGAGAAGCUCGAGCGAGAUAACGAAGAGCUCGAGCAAGAGAACAAGAGGUUAAAGAAGCAAGACAGCGAGUGUGCUCAAAAGGCAAAGGACGAUCAGAAAGCCAAGGAAGAGCUAGAGCAAGAGAAUGACAGAUUAAAAAAGCAAGAAGAAGAACGUGCCCAGAAGGCAAAGGACGACCAGAAAGCAAAGGAAGAUCUCGAACAGGAGAAUGCGAAAUUAAAGAAGCAAGAAGAAGAACAGGCCCAAAAGGCAAAAGAAAAUCAAAAGGCUAAGGAGGAGCUCGAGAAAGAGAACGACAGAUUGAAGGCAGAAUCAAGACCAAACCAACAACCCAACAAGAUCGCUUCGCAGCCCAACUCUUCGGAAUCCGAGCUUGAAGCAUUCUCAAAGAAAGGGUGCCCCUCACUCCACGGUGAACGAGCAACAGUGCUUGGUGUGACCUACGAAGCCUUUUGCGGCGCUAGACCUCGUGGUCGACACACCGGUGACUACGUUAAUUCGAGGAACCUUGCGGACUGUAUGGGGGCUUGCACAGUUGAUCGAAGUUGUCAAGGAGUUUACUAUGAGACUUCCCUCGGCAGGUGUCAAACGACGAUGGAUUGGGAAUAUCCCCCACUCAGAUGGGCAGAUAGUGGAGAAUUUAGUCUCGUCCCGGUUGCUCCCCGCGAGGGAGGGAUUGGUACUACAACGCCGGAUCUUCCUAGUCUUUUGAUCAAAGAUGAACAUAAAGAUGGUGCCAGUUGCCCGGAUUCAGACGGCAUGAUUGUUUCCGUUGGAUCACUUCAAUUUCGGGUCAAUUGCAGGAAAUACCAGCCGAAGAAGCAUAUUGAAAAAACGGGUUCGUCGGGCAGGGUUAGCGGAAUGCUUGCUAUCUGUGCUCUUAACCCAGCUUGUCAAGGUGUUUCCUAUUGGGCUAGCAGUGUCUACAUGAUUGCAGAGCAUGAAAAAUUGCCGGAAAGGACCAAAAAUUCGGAUCUAGUGAAGGAUUACGAAUGGGUUAUUAUGCUCAUAGAGCCACGAGUCGCAGUAUGA